CUGGUCAUUCCAGAUGAUGUUGCCGAGUUCUGAGUGAUGAAGCCAAGGGAUCUACUCCAUUGCCCAGUUAACAGUCCUCAAAAAUACUGGUUUAUACAAGAGCACCCCUCGUUAUCUUCUUUGGCAGAUAAGCGAUCAAUCGGAGAUCCCCCGGGUCUUUAGUAACCAUUCAAACUGCACAAACACCAUAACUAGGCGAUCACUCCGUGGCUACCUCCAGCCGCGGACAGACCCUUCUAGGACCGCCGCCAUGAUGAUGGAGACAAAAAGUCCGGAUACUGUCCGGAGUUUCACCAUCACUUACACCCCACGCGCCUGCAAAACCGGCGGCAUAUUGGCUCAGCUUUGCAUCAGAUGUGGGGGAUACAGCGCAUCAAACCACGACUACUGUAUUCAGUGCGUCGAGAGCCUCAAAAAGACAUGCUGUCAUUUCAGAAGUUAUUCAAUAAAACAGAAGCCGGAGAAGAGAUUGGAAAAUAAAAAAGUGGAGAAGAAAGAGAACAGAACCAAGUUCUGUACCGGGUGUAAGAUGUCUGAUGUAGGAACCAGUGGGGGUCUGUGUCUGAUCUGUGUGGCCAAGAGACGGGAGAAGGAGCGACAAAAGAACCUGCAUAGGAAUGACUUGAAGGACCUCCAUUUUGGUAGCGGGGAUCUAAUCAGACCUUUCUCAGAGCCUUUGAAAGAUGAUUCUUGGAAAAAAGACUGGCGAUGCAUUGUAUGUCUUCAACGUGUACGACCAGAGAAAAAGCCAACAUGUUAUGGCUGUGAAAUCAAGCAGAUGUUGUUGGCAAGGAAACAGAGUGUAGAUGAUAUAGCAAAAGAUUUGGAAAGGUAUAAGCUGGAGGCCAAGGGUGUCAAAGAUGAAUUCCUCUCCUCUGAACCAACCGAGGAUGACACUAAAUGGGAAAUAUCAUUUGAGGCUAGGAAAAAGUCUCUGGAGGUAAUUAAAAAGUCCAUUAGUCAAAUGAGUCCAUCCAAGAGACAAGACGUGACCAAGCAGAGAGAGGCUGUGCAGUAUGUGGACGACCUGAUCACCAAAUGUCAGACGCACUUCAAUGGCAAAAGACGAAAAACCACAGAGGACUGAUGAAAAGAAAUGUAGAUAUCUAAGUUUUAGUCCAUAAAGCCUGACUGCUGCAGUUGUAGACUACAUGUAUUAGAACUCUAUACCACAACUCACACACCUUGGUUUUAUCAUUAAGACUGUAGACUCUAUGAAUUAACCCCCAUUAAUCAAUCAGAAACAAGAUGAACUACAUCAUGUAUAUUAAUAUACCCAUGAUAUGUGUUGUUUGUUUGUCCAAAAUUGUCAUUGUCAUCAAGAUGAAACUUUUGUAAAUCAAGAGAUAUUUUACCUUUCAGUUACUUUUUUGAAAUUUAAAAAGAACCAUUUGUUUAAACUUUAA